CCAAUCGCAUCGAAGAAAAAUGGAGGGAAACCGAGGAAGCUUGGAGAGAAUUGAAGUAAUGAGAAAAAUCACAGAGCUAACGAGAUCUAUGAUCGUCGAACUGAGCAAUGGAAGCUCCAGGAUGAUCGCCAUCGAUCGAUUCAAAAGUUACUGCUCCAAUUCCCUUGAAAACUGUUGUUGUAGGUUCAAUUUAUCUGAAGGGAAGGAUGUUCUAACACUUCAAAGGGAAAGCCACGUCCGUAGACUAGAUGUCUUGCUUAGAGUUCUACUCAUAAUUCAGCAGCUUCUGGGAGAAAAUAGACAUAGCUCAAAGAGAGAUAUAUAUUAUAUGCAUCCCUCUAUAUUUACAGAUCAGUCAGUUGUUGACCGGGCAAUCAACGACAUCUGCAUUCUUUUGCAAUGUAGCCGGCAUAAUCUGAAUGUGGUUUCUGUUGGUAAUGGGUUGGUGAUGGGUUGGUUGAGAUUCUCAGAAGCUGGCAGAAGAUUUGAUUGCUUGAAGAAGCCUAACAGUGCCCACUUUAUUCCUGUUCAAGUUGAAGAAGUUAUAGGUACGCUGUCUUCCUGAUACUAGAUAUAUAAUGUUAGAAUUAAUGGGCUUUAAGCCCAAGGAAAGAUUAACCCUAAUAUUCUCUUCUUUUUUA